AUGUCGAUCCGGAAGGCGAUUGGGACGGUGAAGGACCAGACGAGCAUAGGGAUAGCGAAGGUGGCCAGCAACAUGGCGCCGGAGCUGGAAGUGGCGAUGGUGAAGGCCACCAGCCACGACGACGAUCCGGCCAACGAGAAGUACAUACGCGAGAUCUUGAACCUGACUUCUUACUCGCGCGGCUACGUCAACGCCUGCGUCGCCGCCGUGUCGAAGCGGCUGAGCAAGACGCGGGACUGGAUCGUGGCGCUCAAGGCGCUAAUCGUCGUCCACCGCCUCCUCAACGACGGAGAUCCGCUGUUCCAGGAGGAGAUCCUGUACGCCACCAGGAGAGGGACGAGGCUUCUCAACAUGUCUGAUUUCAGGGACGAGGCGCAUUCCAGCUCCUGGGAUCAUUCCGCCUUUGUGCGGACUUACGCUAUGUAUCUCGAUCAGCGGCUAGAGAUGGUCCUGUUCGACAGGAAAGGCUCGGCCUCUGGAGGCGGCCGCGGCGGUGGAAGCGGCAGCGGAGGGAGUUCUUACGGCGAAUUGGAUAGGUAUGGAGGAGGAAGAGGCGAUUUCAGAUCGCCGCCUCCGAGGGCUUACGAGUACAGCGAUGGUGACUACAGAGACGGUGGGGCUCCGGGAAUGACUCGGAGGUCCAGAUCUUUCGGUGAUGUGACCGAGGCGGCAGGGGGAAGAGAUGGGCGCGAUGAGAGAAAGGCAGGAGCCACCACCACUCCGAUACGAGACAUGACGCCGGAGAGACUUUUCGGUAAGAUGGCUCAUUUGCAGAGGCUAUUGGAUCGAUUCUUGUCUUGCCGGCCAACAGGGCUAGCUAAAACCAGUAGAUUGAUACUCAUCGCUCUAUACCCAGUAGUGAAAGAGAGCUUCCAGUUGUAUGCUGAUAUAUGCGAGGUUCUAGCUGUGUUGCUCGAUAAGUUCUUUGAUAUGGAGUACCCAGAUUGUGUCAAGGCACUUGAUGCUUAUGCCAGUGCUGCUAAGCAGAUCGACGAGCUCAUUGCAUUCUACAACUGGUGUAAAGACACUGGAGUAGCUAGGUCGUCAGAGUAUCCAGAGGUGCAAAGGAUUACUGGGAAGCUGUUAGAAACUCUGGAGGAAUUCGUCAGGGAUAGAGCAAAGAGGCCGAAGAGUCCUGAGAAGAAAGAGGAGGCACCUCCAGCUUUUGAGGAAGCGCCUGCGCCCGAUAUGAAUGAAAUUAAGGCACUUCCUGCACCAGAGACUCCCACACCACCUCCUGCUCCGGCUCCCGAACCUGAGCCUGAGCCUCCUAAGCCACAGUAUACUGAAGAUUUGGUGAACUUGAGGGAAGAUGGUAUGACCGCAGACGAUCAAGGUAAUCGAUUUGCAUUGGCUUUGUUUAAUGGGCCAGCGGGCAAUGGUGGAAAUGGGUCUUGGGAGGCAUUCCCUUCGAACGGGCAGCCUGAAGUGACAUCAGCUUGGCAGACCCCGGCUGCUGAGCAGGGGAAAGCAGAUUGGGAGCUGGCCUUGGUCGAGACUGCCAGUAAUUUAUCAAACCAGAAAGCAGCAAUGGGGGGUGGGCUCGACCCUCUGCUGCUGAACGGAAUGUAUGAUCAGGGAGUGGUGAGGCAACACGUUGGGACUGCUCAAUUGAGUGGAGGUAGUGCUAGCAGCGUAGCUUUGCCCGGUCCAGGGAAGAACACGACCCCGGUUCUAGCCCUCCCAGCUCCCGACGGAACAGUCCAGGCAGUCAAUCAGGACCCUUUCGCUGCGUCAUUGGUCGUUCCACCUCCUUCGUACGUGCAGAUGGCCGAUAUGGAGAAGAAGCAGCACUUGCUUGUUCAGGAGCAGGUGGUUUGGCAGGAGUACGCGAGGAGUGGGAUGCAAGGUCAAUCGAGCUUGGCUCGGGUUAAUGGAGCAGCAGGUCCUAUGCCGUAUGGAAUGCCCCCUCCAUAUGGAAUGCCCCCGCCGCAAGUGAAUGGGAUGGGAAUGCCUGCUGCCGGGUACUAUUAUCCUCCUUAUUGA